UUGUGCGAGUACGGUCACUCUGCUCGGUGGUUGUAAAAUUGUAAAAAUUCCGUGGCUGUCUUCCGUGUCUCCGACUAUAAACGCGAAUUACUCAACAAAGUAGUGGAAUUUACCGUGCGAAAAGCGUGACCAUCCGCCCAACGACCUUGCGGAGUGGAAAAAUGUCCUGUGCGGCCGCCCUUCCGACGGCCAAGGACUCGACAAACGCGGCGAACGCAAAUGCCAGUGGAGGAGCCCCAACAAACAGCAAUACCAACACCAGCACACAGGCGACUGCUGUGGGUGUGGUAGUGAGCAGCAGUGCAACGGGCGGCGGGGGUGGCCCUAUUCCGAAUGGCACCACCUCGUCAUCCUCCACCGCUCCAGGAGGCGUGGCAGCGGGGGGCGCUAACUCGGCGGCCGCCCACGUCCGAAGAUUCUCCAUGGAGGGCGUGGGUGCAAGGGUGAUCCGCGGACCGGACUGGAAGUGGAACAAACAGGAUGGCGGCGAAGGACAUGUGGGCACCGUUCGCAAUUUCGAGUCCGCCGAGGAGGUGGUGGUGGUCUGGGACAAUGGCACCGCUGCCAAUUAUCGCUGCGCCGGAGCCUACGAUCUGCGCAUCCUGGACAGCGCCCCAACUGGCGUGAAGCACGAGGGCACCAUGUGCGACACUUGCCGCCAGCAACCGAUCUUCGGCAUCCGCUGGAAGUGCGCCGAGUGCAUCAACUACGAUCUGUGCUCCAUAUGUUACCACGGCGAUAAGCAUCACCUGAGGCAUCGCUUCUACAGGAUCACAACGCCGGGAGGCGAACGCACCAUGCUGGAACCGCGACGAAAGUCCAAGAAAGUCUUGGCCAGAGGCAUUUUCCCGGGAGCUCGGGUGGUUCGAGGCGUCGACUGGCAGUGGGAGGACCAAGACGGCGGGGUGGGACGGCGUGGCAAGGUCAACGAGAUCCAAGAUUGGUCCUCGGCCUCGCCAAGAUCCGCCGCUUAUGUGAUCUGGGACAAUGGCUCCAAGAAUCUUUAUCGCGUGGGCUUCGAGGGAAUGGCCGAUCUGAAGGUCGUAAACGAUGCCAAGGGCAGCAAUGUGUACCGCGAUCACCUGCCCCUGCUGGGCGAAAACGGACCCGGCAAGGGACCACAUGGCUUCCAGAUCGGCGACAAGGUCACCGUGGAUCUGGACCUGGAAAUCGUGCAAUCUCUGCAGCACGGACAUGGCGGCUGGACCGAUGGCAUGUUCGAGUGCCUGAGCAACGCGGGAAUGGUCGUGGGCAUCGAUGAGGAUCACGAUAUUGUGGUGGCCUACAAUUCCGGCAAUCGCUGGACCUUCAAUCCAGCCGUCCUCACUAAGGUAUCUUCGCCGACGACAGCUCCGCCAGAGUUUCAGGUGGGCGACAUUGUGAAGAUCUGUUCGGAUGUGGAGAGCAUCAAGAUCCUGCAGCGCGGCCAUGGCGAGUGGGCCGAUGCUAUGCAGCUGACGCUGGGCAAAAUUGGUCGCGUGCAGCAGGUCUACCAUGACAAUGACCUCAAGGUGGAGGUGGGCAAUACGUCGUGGACCUACAAUCCGCUGGCCGUUUGCAAGGUGGCCUCCUCCACCGCCUCCGACGGGGGCUGUGCUCCGGUCAUCCCCAGCGGGGAACGUCUCUCGGCCAUUCUCAAGAAGCUCUUCGAGCCGAACGUCUCCGGCGAUGCCACUGAGGAGUUUGUCAAGGCAGCUGCCAAUGGAUUUGCGGCCCGCUGUGAGGAGUACUUGGCCGGGGCAGCUCAACCCUCGACUUCUAGUGCCUCGCCCAGUUCCGGUCCGGAUGUGAAUGUGAAUGGCGUGUUUGCCGGACACACGGCUUUGCAGGCGGCCAGCCAGAAUGGCCACAUCGAGGUCAUACAGGUUCUGCUGCGGCACUCGGUUGACGUGGAGAUUGAGGACAAGGACGGAGAUCGCGCUGUCCACCACGCGGCCUUCGGGGACGAGGCGGCUGUAAUCGAGAUUUUGGCCAAGGCAGGGGCAGAUUUAAAUGCGCGCAACAAGCGACGGCAGACGUCGCUGCACAUAGCCGUCAAUAAGGGCCAUUUGAACGUGGUAAAGACGCUGCUCACGUUGGGCUGCCAUCCCAGCCUUCAGGAUUCCGAGGGCGACACACCUCUGCACGAUGCCAUCUCCAAGGAGCACGACGAGAUGCUCUCCCUACUGCUGGACUUUGGGGCCGACAUCACGUUGAACAACAACAAUGGCUUUAAUGCCCUGCAUCAUGCUGCCCUCAAGGGCAAUCCCAGCGCCAUGAAGAUCCUGCUGACCAAGACAAACCGCCCGUGGAUCGUGGAGGAGAAGAAGGACGAUGGCUACACCGCGCUGCACCUGGCGGCACUCAACAACCACGUUGAGAUUGCCGAGCUGCUCGUGCACAUGGGCAAGGCCAAUAUGGACAGGCAGAAUGUGAAUCUCCAGACGGCCCUGCAUCUCGCGGUGGAGCGUCAGCAUGUGCAGAUUGUCAAGCUGCUGGUGCAGGAUGGUGCCGAUUUGAAUAUACCCGACAAGGAUGGCGACACUCCGCUGCACGAGGCGCUCAGACAUCACACGCUUUCGCAGCUGAAACAACUGCAGGAUGUCGAGGGAUUCGGCAAGCUUUUGAUGGGCCUGAGGAAUGCGAAUAACAAGAAGGCCUCUGCCUCGAUUGCCUGCUUUUUGGCUGCCAACGGCGCUGAUUUGACGCUGAAGAAUCGAAAGCAGCAGACUCCGCUGGACCUGUGUCCCGAUCCCAAUCUCUGCAAGACCCUGGUCAAGUGCUAUAACGAGAGGAAAACCGACGACUCCGAGUUGCCCGGCAAUGUGGCCGGUACGAGUUCGAAUGCCAGGGCAAGAGCCGCCAGCAGUGGCGGUCUAAAUCAAUCCUCUUCGGCCAGUUUGCCGCUGGCUAACUUGGCCUCCAGCUCCACCUUCCCCGCCGCCUCCUCGUCCUCCAUAUUUGCGCUCAACGAAAUGAGUCAGUCGCUGCACGAAGAUGCCCCCAAAUCGACGCCCAGCCUGGAUGAGUGCCUCGUUUGCUCGGAUGCCAAGCGGGAUACGGUGUUCAAGCCCUGCGGCCACGUCAGUUGCUGCGAGACCUGCGCUCCGAGGGUGAAGAAGUGCCUCAUCUGCCGGGAGACGGUCUCCUCGCGCGAGAAGAUCGACGAGUGUCUCGUGUGCUCGGAUCGGCGGGCAGCUGUUUUCUUCCGGCCCUGCGGUCACAUGGUUGCCUGCGAGCACUGCAGUGCUUUGAUGAAGAAGUGCGUGCUGUGUCGCACGCAGAUCGAUGAGAUCCUGUCGUUUAGUCUCUGCUGCGGCGGCAGUGGACGACCAGAGAAGGUCACUGCGGCCGCUGGAGGAGCGACUAGCGUGGGUCUGCCGCUUGCAGAGGAACGAUUCAUGGAGGCAGCAGCCGCAAAGGGAGCAGCCUGUUCCAACAACUCGGGCCAUAAUGUAGUCAUGAACAACACUGUUGUUACCCCGGUGGCGGGCAGCAGCAAUCCGCUGAAUAGCCAGAACAAUCUGCUGGCCGCUGCAGCAGCCUCUUCGAAUGUCUCGAAUCUAGCGGCCGGUGGAAGCGUGAUGGUGGCCCCCUCCAAUGUCAACAACUUCCAGAUGGACGUGGUGCAGAAAUUGAAACAGCAGUUGCAGGACAUCAAGGAGCAGACCAUGUGCCCCGUCUGCUUCGACCGCAUCAAGAACAUGGUCUUUCUGUGUGGCCACGGCACCUGCCAGAUGUGCGGCGACCAGAUAGAGGGAUGUCCCAUCUGCCGCAAGACGGUGGAGAAACGCAUCCUGCUCUUCUGAAGCCCCUUCCCGGCCCACACAUUCCGCGCACAGUCUGCACAGCCUUCGAAGUAUUAGGAUAUUUAACGGACUCACAUUCUUAUAAACACACAAUACACAAUAUCAUAUAUAUAACUAUAUAUCGAUGGUCUUAUAAAGCAAAAAUAUAUUUUUAACAAAUAUUCAAACAAA